AUGUCGCUCACUUCGCAGGCCGCAGCUCGCUGCUGCAGACAGCUCGUCCGCCCCUCCGUUCGCAUCUCUUCCACCACAUAUCUGAGCCAGCGGACACCCAGCCGGAGGUGGAACUCGACAGAGGCGCAGGCUGCUGCUCCUGCCAAUCCUAAGAUCACCCAGAUUGUUGAUCAGAUCAGCCAAUUGACGCUUCUGGAGACGGCGGAUCUCGUUGCCAGCUUGAAGUCUCGCCUGAAUAUCCCCGACCUCCCCGUUGGAGGCUUCGCCGUUGCUGCCCCCGGUGGUGGUGCUGCCGCUCCCGCCGCUGCUGAGGAAGAAGAGGCUGCUCCUGCCGCGCAGGAGAAGACUCUGUUCAACCUGAAGCUUGAGACAGUGGAUGCUGCCUCCAAGGCUAAGGUCAUCAAGGAGAUCAAGGGUCUGCUCGGCCUUUCCCUCGUCGACAGCAAGAAGUUCGUUGAAUCGGUACCCAAGCUCAUGAAGGAGUCCGUGCCCAAGGAGGAGGCGGAGAAGAUCAUCGAGACCCUGAAGGCUGUGGGUGCCAAGGUUGUCAUGGAGUAA